CUAGCGGCGUGGAGCUGUCCGGCCCCGGGGACGCGGCUGUAGGGGUUCGGAGGGCGCGGUUUGGGGCCCGCAGUGGCGGGGCAAAGGAGAUGGCUGCGCGUUGGAGCAGCGAGAACGUGGUGGUGGAAUUCCGCGACUCACAAGCAACUGCAAUGUCUGUGGACUGUCUUGGGCAGCAUGCAGUGCUUUCUGGCCGCAGAUUCCUAUACAUCAUCAAUCUGGAUGCCCCUUUCGAAGGUCACCGGAAGAUCUCUCGUCAGAGCAAGUGGGACAUUGGAGCUGUACAGUGGAAUCCUCAUGAUAGCUUUGCACAUUAUUUUGCAGCUUCGAGUAACCAACGAGUUGACCUUUAUAAGUGGAAAGAUGGCAGUGGAGAAGUUGGCACAACCUUACAGGGUCAUACUCGGGUAAUCAGUGACUUGGACUGGGCAGUGUUUGAGCCUGAUCUCCUGGUUACCAGUUCUGUGGACACCUACAUCUACAUUUGGGAUAUCAAGGACACUAGGAAACCUACUGUUGCAUUAUCUGCUGUUGCUGGUGCUUCCCAGGUCAAAUGGAAUAAAAAAAACGCCAAUUGCCUUGCCACCAGCCAUGACGGUGAUGUCCGGAUAUGGGAUAAGCGGAAACCUAGCACAGCAGUGGAAUACCUAGCAGCCCACCUCUCCAAAAUCCAUGGGCUGGACUGGCAUCCAGAUAGUGAGCACAUCCUUGCUACCUCCAGCCAAGACAACUCUGUCAAGUUCUGGGAUUACCGCCAGCCCCGGAAAUACCUCAAUAUUCUCCCUUGCCAGGUACCUGUCUGGAAGGCCAGAUACACGCCGUUCAGCAACGGGCUUGUGACUGUAAUGGUCCCUCAGCUGCGGAGGGAAAACAGCCUGCUACUAUGGAAUGUCUUUGACUUGAACACCCCAGUCCACACCUUUGUGGGGCACGAUGAUGUGGUGCUAGAGUUCCAGUGGAGGAGGCAAAAGGAAGGAUCUAAAGACUAUCAACUGGUUACAUGGUCCCGAGAUCAGACCUUGAGAAUGUGGCGGGUGGAUUACCAGAUGCAGAGGCUCUGUGCCAAUGACAUAUUGGAUGGUGUUGAUGAGUUUAUUGAGAGCAUUUCUCUUCUGCCGGAACCAGAGAAGACCCUGCACACCCAAGAUACAGAUCACCAGCAAAAUUCAAGCCAUGGGGAGGAAGAAGCUUUUAAGGAAGAUCCCCCUAGCAGUCUUCUAGAAGAGAAAAAAUCAGAUCAACUGGGCCUGCCUCAGACUCUUCAGCAGGAAUUCUCCCUUAUCAACGUACAAAUCCGGAAUGUCAACGUGGAGAUGGAUGCAGCGGACAGGAGUUGUACAGUAUCGGUGCACUGUAGCAACCACCGUGUUAAGAUGCUGGUGAAGUUCCCAGCACAGUACCCCAACAAUGCUGCCCCUUCCUUCCAGUUUAUUAACCCCACGACUAUCACAUCUACCAUGAAAGCUAAGCUGUUAAAGAUCCUGAAGGACACUUCCCUGCAGAAAGUGAAACGCAACCAGAGCUGUUUGGAGCCCUGCCUGCGCCAGCUCGUCUCCUGCCUUGAGUCUUUUGUGAACCAAGAAGACAGUGCCUCUAGCAACCCAUUUGCUCUCCCAAAUUCUGUCACACCACCCUUGCCAACGUUUGCGAGGGUGACCACUGCCUAUGGGUCCUACCAGGAUGCCAACAUUCCCUUUCCCAGGACUUCAGGGGCCAGGUUCUGUGGAGCAGGUUACCUGGUGUAUUUCACAAGGCCCAUGACAAUGCAUCGAGCAGUGUCUCCAACAGAACCUACUCCCAGAUCUCUCUCGGCCUUGUCCGCUUAUCAUACUGGCUUGAUUGCUCCAAUGAAGAUCCGCACAGAGGCCCCUGGGAACCUUCGUUUGUAUAGUGGGAGCCCUACCCGCAGUGAGAAAGAGCAGGUCUCCAUCAGCUCCUUCUACUACAAGGAGCGGAUGUCUCCUCGCUCUGCCCGGCGACGUUGGUCCAUACAAGCAAUUAACGACUUCCCGAAAUCGAGGAGGUGGAAAAGUAAGCGUGAGGGAUCAGACUCCGGCAAUCGGCCCAUCAAAGCUGCCGGGAAAGUCAUCAUCCAGGAUGUUUCUUGCCUGCUUCCUGUUCACAAAUCUCUGGGAGAACUAUACAUAUUGAAUGUGAAUGAUAUUCAGGAAACAUGUCAGAAGAACGCCACUUCAGCUAUGCUUGUUGGAAGGAAGGAUCUUGUCCAGGUUUGGUCACUGGCGACAGUAGCCACAGAUCUUUGCCUUGGUCCCAAGUCUGACCCAGAUUUGGAAACACCCUGGGCUCGACAUCCAUUUGGACGACAGCUGCUGGAGUCUCUGUUGGCUCACUAUUGCCGACUCCGGGAUGUUCAGACCUUGGCUAUGCUCUGCAGUGUGUUUGAAGCCCAGUCUCGGCCUCAGGGGAUACCAAACCCCUUUGGGCCUUUUCCUAACCGUUCUUCUAACCUCAUGGUUUCCCACAGUCGAUAUCCCAGCUUUACCUCCUCGGGGUCCUGCUCCAGUAUGUCAGACCCAGGGCUCAGCACCGGUGGCUGGAACAUAGUGGGAAGAGAGACAGAUCAUGUUUCUUCACCUUGGGGGGAGUCCUCCCCAGAAGAACUCCGCUUUGGGAGUCUCACCUACAGUGAUCCUCGUGAGCGGGAACGGGAUCAGCAUGAUAAAAAUAAAAGGCUUCUGGAUCCCGCCAAUACCCAGCAGUUUGAUGACUUUAAGAAAUGCUAUGGAGAAAUCCUCUACCGUUGGGGUCUGAGAGAGAAACGAGCAGAAGUGUUGAAGUUUGUGUCCUGUCCCCCUGAUCCUCACAAAGGCAUCGAGUUCGGCGUGUACUGCAGCCACUGCCGGAGCGAGGUGCGCGGGACGCAGUGCGCCAUCUGCAAGGGCCUCACCUUCCAGUGCGCCAUCUGCCACGUGGCCGUGCGCGGCUCCUCCAACUUCUGCCUGACCUGCGGCCACGGCGGCCACACCAGCCACAUGAUGGAGUGGUUUCGGACCCAGGAGGUGUGUCCCACCGGAUGCGGCUGCCACUGCUUGCUGGAAAGCACCUUCUAAGCUCAUCGACGGAGGCCUCCGGACCCAGGUUACCCCGGCAAGAGGGGAGCGGGCACCCCAGUGGACCGAUGCUUCCUGAGCCCCUGCCUUCUCUUGUGGGGAGAAGAUGGACUGGAAGGGGGAGAGAGCAGCUGCAUGGAGCCAGGGCUCGUGCACUUGUCAGCUGAGGAGUCACAGCGCAAGUUUUCAUGAGGAGAAGCCCUUGCCCUCAGAGUCAGUGUUCACCCUCAAAACAUUAGCUUCAGACCACAAGCGAGCGCUCCAGACGCCAAUACGGAGGCCAAGUCAACCGCUAAAGGCCUCUCCCGAGCCACGCUUAGAAGUUGAUAACCAUACAGAGUUGCUGGACACCAGGCGCAGGUGGCUACCUCCUGUAAUCCUCGCCGCUCAGGAGGCUGAUGGGAGGAUCACAGCUUGAAGCCAGUGCUGGCGGAAAAGUCCCCGGGAGACUCAUUUCCAAUUAACCACUCAACAAAACAAAAAGAAAG